AUAACAUUGGAACAUUCGCCUGAAAGAGGGUGGGGGAAGCGAUGGUUAGAGUCUCCGGCAUAUAAGUCUUUUUUUAGCCUUUAUUAUGCGACUUAUGGCCUUCCCUCGUGUCCAGUAAUUACAAGCAGAAUUUAGACUUUGGUGCGGACUUAUUUCCGAGUUAACAUGACGGAAUACAAGCUCGUGGUGGUUGGAGCUGGAGGCGUUGGGAAGAGUGCACUUACUAUUCAACUUAUUCAAAAUCACUUUGUCGAUGAAUAUGACCCAACCAUAGAAGAUUCAUACCGUAAACAGGUCGUCAUUGAUGGGGAGACGUGUCUACUGGAUAUUCUCGACACAGCCGGGCAAGAAGAAUACAGUGCAAUGCGAGACCAGUAUAUGCGAACUGGGGAAGGGUUCCUGCUUGUUUUUGCUGUCAACAAUGCAAAGUCUUUUGAGGAUAUAAGUGCAUAUCGGGAACAGAUAAAACGAGUAAAGGACGCAGAUGUGGUACCUAUGGUUUUGGUGGGCAACAAAUGCGACUUGCAGGUGCGUGCAAUGGACAUGCAGCAGGCACGAGAAGUGGCCAAGAAUUACGACAUUCCUUUCAUUGAGACCUCUGCCAAGACCCGCAUGGGUGUCGACGAUGCCUUCUACACUUUAGUAAGAGAGAUCAGGAAAGAUAGGGAACGUCGUGGGAAGGUUAGGAUCGGAAGUAGGAACAGCAAGAGGAAGUGCAUUGUGUUCUAGGAGGACUGUGUGUUGUGUAGACUAAAUAUGCCUAAUGGCAUUAAACCUAUUUGUUUCCGUAACUGUCAUGAAAGUUAACUUCAUGCCAGUGCCAUUUGACAACUAAAUUCUGCCACUUUUUAUUUUUAUUUAAUUUUUGUUGUUUAUUGUGUUGAUUUUGAUUCUUGUUCUGAAUAUUAUCAUUAUUUUUAUUAUUAUUGUUUCUCUUUAUUUUGAUUUUUUCGUAAUUUUAUAAUUUGUUUGUUUUUUCAUGUAUUCAUCUUUUUUCUUUUCUUUUUUUUUCAUCCUUUUUUCUUUUUUCUUUUCUUUUUUUUCACUUUUUUUUUUUUUUCAUUAAUUUUUGAAAGUUGGGAGGAGGAGCUACAGUUCUCGGAAUGCGUCACCUGAAUGGAUAACUUCGCACCAACUUCCUGGCUACCACGAAUACAGAAAUUUCUCUCUCAACUUUGUGUGAAUCAGUGGUUAUGUCAUUCUCAUUUCAGUUUUGUGUAAUUAUUAUACAGAACCUCAAUUGCACAUAACAUCAAAUAGGAAAAAAAAAAUGACUCUGAAUGUUUAAAAAGAAAAAUGUUAAUAAUGAUAAGCAAAAAAUUAACCAAAAAAAAAAAUAAAAAGCAAAAAAAAAAUGUAUAUAUAUAUAUAUAUAUAAGUUUAAAGAGUAACACCCACCCCCAAAAUUGGCCAUCUUUGUCAGUCCAGAGUAAAACCUUGUGCAUGAUAUGAGAAAUGUUUUACAAAUAUUAAAGAAGAAAAAAAAUACAAAAAAAUAAUGAUUAUAAUAAUAAUAAAUCACUAACAAUGAAGGAUCCUACAAGCGCAAAGAGGAGUGAGUGAGUGAGUGAGCGGUACACGAAGAAGAGGAAGAAAGGAAGGAAAGACAGAAGGAGAAAAAGGAAGGAAGGAGAGAGAGAGAGAGAGAGAGAAAACAACUGCUAACAUCUCCGAUAAGUGGACAAUGGGGCUAUGGCAACACUCUCCCAGAAAUGUCCGAUCUCCCAACUUUCCUUAACGUGCCCGUGUGGUAGAGUCAAAAAUAUUAAAUAAAGGAUAAAAACAAAAAAAACAAAAAAAAAAGUCUGAAAAAAAUAUAUAUAUAUUAAAAGUUUUAGAAACUUAGCUUGUAUGCUUUUUGUAUGUUGGAAUUUUCAAGAUAGUGUUUCUCUUUUUAUAUCGAUGAUGAAACUGUGGUCAGGUGGACAUGAGAGCAUUGGAGUAGUCAUUACGCAAGAAAAAGAAAGGAAAACAAAAACGAGACAAUUGAACACCAAGCUUAGCUGGGGGCAAGUAGAACACAGGAGCACAAACUUUUGUAUAACAAAAAAAAAAAAAAAAAAUAAGCCAAUUGUGAUUCAACAGGGAAGGGCGCAAUUACAGCACAAUUUAGGGUAAAAAAAAAUUGUAACAUUUACUGCAGGUUGAUUCUUAAAAAGAGAGAGAGAGAGAGAGAGAGAGAGAGAUAAAGGGGAAAAAAAAGAGACCAUUGUAAAUAUUGUUGACAUUAAAUUGUGAUUGCACAAAGCCACUGAACCUUAAAAAAAAACAUGAAAAGGAAUAAUCAUGGAAAGAAAUAAAGAAUGAAAAAGAAUAAAUAAGACCCACACUUCCCCAGGAGGGCGUGGGACUCAAUCCAGCUUACUUUUUCUUUCUUUUUUUCUUUUUCUUUUUUUCCGGUUUCUUUUUUUAUUUUCCUUUUUCCUUUUUUUUUUUUUUUUUUUUUUUAUAUAUAGUUGUUGUGUCAGCUUUUCAUAUCACUGUCAGGGUUUGCCAUUCAUUAUAAGCAUUGGAGACAGAAGAAUAGUUAUGGCACAGCAUGGAAGGUUUCCUUUAAAAAAAAAAAAAAGAAGUUGGCAGAAUUCUUUUUAAGCUGUUAUUUAGAAUUUCUAUUUUAUUAUUGCUAAGAAAAAGAAAAAGAGAAAACUUCAUCCGUGUGGUUAACUAAGGUAAUCCAGUAAUCCAGGUUUAAUGUAGUUGCCCAAAAAUAGUGGCCUCAUCUUUUGACUGUUUAUUUGAUUUGUUAUAUAUUCAUUCUUUUUUUUUCUUUUUCUUUCUUUUUUUUUUUUUUUUUUUUUUUUUUUUUUUUAUCUUUUUCUUCCCUAUUUUCUGUGCUUGAUCUGGGUUGCCUUUGUUUGCGGACAAUUGUAGCUGCAGUGUGUGCCUAACCUGGUUUGCCAUUUGUAUGGUUGACUGGACUGUCAGUAUUAAUAUUGAUAUUGACUCUAGAUGGAAGAAAUCUUGUAUUAACAGUAAGUGUCAACAUGAAUAUGGCUGGUGCAACUACCUGGAACAAAUUUUUUGUUUGGAUUCUGAUAUCGAGGAUAGAUAGAUAUGUUAUUGUAUAUGUCCAUUAAGUUUUAUUUUCACAUUUUUUUAUCAAUUAUUUUUCCAUGUUCAAAUGUUAUUAAUACCAAACAUGAAAAAUCAAGGAUUUUUCAUAUGAUCUAGUGUAUAUGUCAAUAAAAUUGGCUGGCUGUAGUUUUUCAACAAAUCACCCGUGGAAGUGUCAUACAGGUUGUAUUAUUAACGUGCAGUUUCCCUCGUGCACUCCGGCUUUCCAUAUAACCAACAUUUACCACCCACAAAGAAGCAACUGGCAACCUUUGGAGGAAACGGAAGGCUGUCAAAGCAUUUGUCGUCUAAGGUGUAACACUAACAGUUCGAGAACAAAUUUUAAAACUUGGGGUUUCUAUGAGUAAUUUAACUUUAGGCUCAAUAACUACUUAAAUGGUGUCUGAAAAAAAUAUAUAUCUAUAAUACCUCUUUCAUUUCUGUCCUAUUCCAUUGUUUUGUUUGUAUUUUCAGAUUGGCCAUUUUAUUUUUUUUUUUUUUUUGCCAUUCAUAAAAGGGGAGCUCCCUUAAGCUCAGAUUUGUGAUGGUGGAUUACGGUUUCACAUGACAGAUGCUAUACAUUUUAUACAGAAAGAAGAUGGCAGAGAAAAAGAAAUUGCAUCUUUACAUAUUGAUUAUUGAGGAUGUAUAAAAAUCUUACAUAUAAUCCAUAAUUACUUUUUUAUAGUUACAUUCUUAGGCUGUUUUCACUCCCCUUUUUUGUCUCUUAUCUUUUCUCUCCUUUCCUUUCCCCAUCCCAUGCCUCACCUUUUUUCUCUCCAAUUUGUUUUUCCUUUCUCCCCUCCCCCCCCCUCCCCUGUCUGUACUCUUACUUUUUUGUAGCAAUAGUUUUUAUUAUUUCUAUCAUAGUUAUCUGUUACUUGCUCAUUGUAUUUCUUUUUUCUUUUUUUUUCUUCUCCAAAGAAUAUAUAGGCUUAUUUAGUUGGAUUUAAUUAUCGUUCUGUCAGAGAGCCAUUCAGUACAGAGAUGUGUAAGUAUGCACACCCUAGGGCAGUUGUAUGAAAGAUUAUUCUGAAAUGUUUAAAAGGUUUUGCAGUGUUGUUGUAUGGUUUUUAACUGAAUUAAAGAUGGUCACAAGUUAAUAUUUUUUCAAUUUUUAUUUUUGUGUAAGGAUUUUUGUCCAGUUAGUGAAAGGCAUAUGUGCAAGAUUAACAGCUUAUUAACUCCAAUAUCUAACUAAAUGAAAAUCGAUCACAUACCAAAUUUGCCUAAUUAACACCCCUUGGGAAGGAUUUUGUGCGAGGUAUGAAUGUACGAUGUUUGUUACUAUUUCAAUAGCAUGUUCGAUUUCAGAGCAUUUGCUUCUGAUCAUUCACUGGAAAUAAUGAUGGCUGAUCUUUGCUUUACCAACCAGGAAAAUCUUUACCUAAACAGAAGUUUGGUGUUUGGGAUGAGAAACAGCCUCUUUUAACAAUUGGUGCAAAAGUGCUGAUUGUGUGUUCAAUCCUAUUGGAGAUAGUGUAACGAGGCAUUAGAUUAAUGGUUCUUCCAUAAUGGAUAAAUGAAGGUUUUCGAGUAUUGACCCUUGAGUCUUCAUAGGUAAUUUCAAUUCUUUAAUGUAACUUGUCCUCUACCAGUUGGCUUGGUUUGAUAUCUGUCUUGGCAUGAACAGACAUCUCGCCAAUCCAAUGUUUAGGCCUGGUAUCUAACAGUACUAUCAAGAUUAAUUGAUGUCUGUAUCAGUUGAUUUAUUUUGAAUGAGUCUUUGUUAACCCAUUGGCUGAGCAGGCAUCCUUAUCAACCCAAUUGUAUGCCAUGGCCCCCUUUUUUGUCAUGUUGGCUUGGCUGGGACUCUAGUCAUUCCAUGUGUGGUCUUGGUUUGACAAGGGUUACACCUGCUCCCCUUUGCGUAUAGGAAAGAUUACUGAUAUCUAUGUGUUCAUUAUGUUAAGUCAUUACAUUUUGUCACUGAUUUAUGGUUAUUAAGGAACUGUGAUUGUUCAAAGGAAGCGUUUUCUUACCUACUUCAUUAAUUAUUUAAUAAAUUCAUGUUAAUAGCUUAAAGGAGUGCAGUGGGUAUCAUAGUAUGAGAUACUACCUGUCAUGAAAUUUCAUACUCUUAAUAAACCUGUCUAAAGGAAAGCAGCACUAGUUAGUGAUACAUUAUCCAUAAUUUUUGUGUUAUUUAUUUUUCUUUUGAGAGUAGCCAGGCGUGUAUAUUUUCUUAAAAAGAAACAAACAAUGAGCUUGGUAAUCUGUGCUAUAAUAUUUCUGCUCAUUACACCAUAAAACAUUUUUUGGACAAUUACAAGAUGAGAAUGAAAAUACACAUAACCCAUGUAUUUAUGGAAAACAGAUGGCUGGGUUGAAGAAUAAUUUGCCUUUCCACAGAGGGUGACGAGAAGAAAUCAAAUAAAAGGGUUGCAAUUUACCACCAUGUUUCAGGUGAUGCUUCAUUAUGUGGGCAGCCAGAGUAUCUCAGGAGUUCUAAGACUAGAUCCAAAAUCAGAAAACAUUUCAGACAAGCAAAUUUUGUUUCAACACUCAUCCAAGCAGAAUCUCAUAAAAAUUACACAAAAAUUCUGUUUACAGACAUCUCAGGUGCAAGACAUACAGAUUUGUUAAAGUUAAGAAUGUUCCAUGUUACUUCAUGUGGCUUUUGCAGUAACUUGUUCUUGGUCCUGAUUUAUUUUUUUAUUUUUGUUGAUUUUCAUUUAUAAUAAAAUUAUUAAAUGAAAUCAUCUUUGGCCUUAUUGAAUUUCAAGUGUUUAAGACAAAUAUUGACAAUAAAUAAAGUAAAAUGCCAGCUUAAACAGAAAAAUAUUGGAUUUCAGAGGAUGACACCUAUUCAUGGCAAAGAUGUGUGCAAUACACUUCAUUUGCACAUUUAUAGAUAAUGCUAUUUCCUUUGUCUUUAUCCUCCUCCUCUCUCCUUCCUCCCUCUCUCUCCUUCUCUCCCUCUCUCUCCCUCUCUCUCCCUCUCUCUCCCUCUCUCUCCCUCUCUCUCCCUCUCUCUCCCUCUCUCUCCCUCACCUUCAUCUAUAAUUUUUUGUCUUUUUUCUUGCAGUCUCCAUUUUCUCAGCUUCUGCCUAGCUGCUACCGUGAAACAUCAUCUUGGAAACGUAAAUGUGAUUCUUCAUUCAUUAAUUUUUUUUUCUUUCUUUUUUUUUUUCUUUUUUCUUUCUCUUGUGAGAAAUGCAUGAUGUAAGUCAUUUUUGGUCUACUGUUAUUAUUUCAAGAGUUUAAUAUAGUUACUUGUAAACUGAUGAAUAGAAUUUGGAGAAGCAAUAGGUAGAAAAAACACUAAUACAAAACUAAUUUUCCAGACAUUUGAAAAUCCUAUGAUAAUUCCUGUAUGAAACUAUUUUAUCUUCAUAUUCCUUAUGGAUUCAGGUUAACGUUAUGAUUUGUUGAUCGAAGUUAUUAGUUAAUGCCUUUUAAGCUCAGCAGUUCUAGCAUGAAUUUAAUCUAAGCAAAUGGCAAUAUUCUAUAAUGAAUAAGCAAUAUAACUAUAUUUGCUCUCCAUAACCUCUUGUGAAGUAAUACUAAAUGGAAAUGACGUGCAGUCAACUCUAAAAAACUGGAAAAUUCAGUGCCAUGCAACACAUUAACAUCUUGAUACCAUAACUUAAAGGGCUUUUAACGUGGAGUGAAAAGCAUAGGAAAUCCCUUAUGAUCCUUAUUUAUUACAAUAGUAUUUUCUUGGCAAAUAAAGGAUAUUAGCAUGGGAUCUUUGCAAAAGGUUGAUAAUUAAUUUUCUUCAAACAAGGACAAGUGAGACGUAGUAUAUAGACCUUAACAGUUUGUCCACAAGUUCAUGAAUACAAUUCUAAAUAUUGAGCAAACCCUAAUAAAAAAUGGUUGAUCAGUGUAUUUAGAAAAGUGAGUGAAGUGACUACCACCACCUUGCUUCACUUUUAGUAUAACAUAUGCAGCCAAGUUGUCACAGGAAAAGGGGUGGGUGGACGUACCUAUUAUGUGGCUUCUGCAGUGUGGAUGAUUUUGUUGUAUAUUAUUUUUUAUUAAUAUUAUUUUGUUUGUUGUUGCACAGUGCAGUAAGAAAAUGGGGAGUGGAUGUGUGAAUACCCUAAGGGAUGGCAGCAUUCAGGCACAUUUAUAUUCUUUUACAUAAGCAGUGGCAAGUAUGUUAAUACUCUGUGGAUAAUUUUGGGGAAAAAAAAAAAAUGUAUGUUUCAUAGAUUGUCCUGUUGUUUACUGGGUUAACUAGAAAUAGUUGUGUAAUGAAGAAAAAUAUGAAUAGUAUUAGUUUUUAUUUGCUUGUUGUUAAAAAUGGUGUAUGAGCAUUCCACGUGGCAAUGUAUGUGAAGAUUAAUGGCGAAAGAAGUGUAUCAGGCUUUUACUCAAGAAAUUACAUAUUGC